GAUACAACACUCAACGUUUCACUCCAUCCCCAACGCUCUCCACGCGGAAAAAGCAGCAUUCUAGAGAGAGAAAUCUUUUUAGAGAGAGAGAGAGAGAGAGAGAGAAAUUGAAAUUCACAGUCACAUACGCAAUUUCUUAUUCAUUUAUGGAGGUGAAGAUGUUGAUGAUGAUGGAUUGCCAGUACCUUCUUGGCGGAGUAAUUGCUUCUCUGUUAGGUUUCGUUCUAUUGUAUAAUUCCAGAAUGAAAACGAUGAAGAAGAAGAACAGAACUUCUUCAAUGGCGAUUCAGAGUCACGAGAGCGUCAAGACCUCUGUCAAUGGAUCUCACCGGGCCGAGAUUGAUGGAAUUUCCGAUGUCAUUAUUGUCGGUGCCGGUGUUGCUGGUUCUGCACUCGCUUACACUCUUGGCAAAGAUGGUCGGCGAGUACACGUAAUCGAGAGAGACUUGAGUGAGCCAGAUAGAAUUGUUGGUGAACUUCUUCAACCCGGAGGCUAUUUGAAACUAAUUGAGUUGGGUCUUCAAGAUGCUCUGAAUGAGAUUGAUGCCCAGCGAAUAAUUGGAUAUGCUCUGUAUAAGGAUGGUAGAGAUGCUAAACUGCCUUACCCUUUGGAAAAUUUUGGUUCUGAUGUGGCCGGAAGAAGCUUUCACAACGGGCGUUUCAUACAGCGAAUGAGGGAGAAAGCUGCAUCUCUUCCCAACGUAACAUUAGAACAAGGAACAGUUACAUCUCUACUUGAAGAAAAGGGGACAAUCCAAGGAGUGCAAUACAAGACCAAGAAUGGUAAGGAAUCCGCAGCAUUUGCUCCACUCACAAUUGUCUGUGAUGGUUGUUUUUCGAAUUUGCGACGCUCUCUCUGCACUUCCAAGGUAGAUGUGCCUUCCUGUUUUGUUGGCUUGGUCCUGGAAAACUGUCAGCUCCCACAUGCGAAUCACGGGCACGUUAUUCUUGCUGACCCUUCCCCAAUCCUGUUCUAUCCCAUCAGCAGCACCGAGAUUCGCUGCCUUGUUGAUGUACCAGGGCAGAAGGUACCUUCCAUUUCAAAUGGCGAAAUGGAACAAUAUUUGAAGACAGUGGUUGCUCCUCAGAUUCCUCCUGAGUUGUGUAAGUCCUUCUUAGCAGCAAUUGACAAAGGAAACAUAAGAACAAUGCCAAAUAGAAGCAUGCCUGCUGCUCCCCAUCCCACUCCCGGUGCGCUUCUGAUGGGUGAUGCAUUUAAUAUGCGACAUCCGUUAACCGGAGGAGGGAUGACUGUGGCUCUAUCGGACAUUGUUGUGCUAAGGGAUCUUCUCCGACCGCUACGUGAUCUCAAUGAUGCCACUGCCUUGUGCAAGUAUCUUGAAUCGUUCUACACGUUGCGUAAGCCGGUGGCAUCCACAAUAAACACGUUGGCAGGUGCACUGUACAAGGUUUUCUGUGCAUCCCCUGACAAAGCAAGGCAAGAAAUGCGCAGAGCUUGUUUUGAUUAUCUGAGCCUUGGUGGCAUUUUCUCAAAUGGACCUGUCUCUCUACUGUCCGGCCUAAACCCUCGCCCGUUGAGCCUCGUUCUCCAUUUCUUUGCCGUUGCUGUCUAUGGCGUUGGCCGCUUGUUGCUUCCAUUUCCUUCACCCAAACGAGUGUGGCUUGGAGCCAGAUUGAUUUCGGGUGCAUCGGGUAUCAUUUUUCCAAUUAUAAAGGCAGAAGGAGUCAGACAAAUGUUCUUCCCUGUAAUGGUUCCUGCAUAUUAUAGAGCUCCCCCUGGUAACUGAGUCAAUUAAAAGAAGGAAUCAUAGUUCUUUUAGUACUUGAGAGAGAGUCGAAUUCAGAAUAUUUUCCCCUUAUGAAAAAAAUAAAAUUAAAAAUGAAGGGGGUUAUCUAGCCUAGCCAUGCUAAGGAGAGAGCAUAAUACUGUAGGGAAUUUGUUGUACUUCAGAAUAAUUGGUUGUUUUCUUGAACUGUGAAUAAGUUUUCCCUCUGAACUCGAAUUGUAUGAUUUUUGAAGAAAAUGUAAAUAAGAGUACUCCAUCUUAUGCUCUC